UCUGGGGGAUUUUAAGUGUCCAGGACUGGCUGUUCCGCUAGUCUUCCUUUCCCCUCCCUUCCCUGACUCCUCUGCCCCUUCCCUCCCCGCAGACUCCCGGGACCAUGAAGGUGGAAGGGAGCUCUUACCCAGUGGGAGAAAAGCCACCAAAUUGCCCCAGCUGCUGAUACUUAGUUCUCAGCGUCCCUUCCUCAUCCCGCCAGCCACUCCCUGGGUCCGAAGCACUAGCCCAAUUUUAAACACCCCUCCCGCUUUGAAGGAGGCUGGGCUGGCCAGGGGGUUAUUUUGGGAGCAGCUUCUGAGAUCCAAUGGCCUUGUUAGGGCAACACUGACCUUUCCAUCCCUGGAGGAGGGCAGGAUUGGAGAGGGGGCGGGGCGGCCGCCCGGAGAUCGACAGCCCCGCACACCCACUGGGGUGGAGGAGAAGGGGGCCAGCGGCUACAGGAAUUCAGCCUCGGGCUGGGGCUGUCACCGAGGGGAAUUUCCCCUCUUUGAAUCGGACUGGGGACCCUCCCACCCCACCCCUUUCACUGUGCCUUCUUAAAGGGAUCACACUGUUUUCCUCUGACUCCAUGGAAUCCAGACUUGGGACGCUCUGUGCAGACUUUGAAUCUUUCCCUCCCGCUUCCUUCCCAGCUGGCAGCCUUCCUCUGGCUGAUUGAGUGGGGGCCUCCCAGGCAUGGCACUGACCAGCCGACCCAGUGCUGACUUGGCUCCUGGGCUGCUUCAGCCUCUGCUGGCAUCUCGCGUGCCCCCUCCUGGGGCUCUGUGGCAGUGGUGAGUGGGGGGCCCAGCCCUGCGCCCUGAGCGUGCUUGGAGAGUGUCGCUGGCACCCCUUCGCCCUCUCCCCCAAGCUGGAGGACGGCGAGGUCGUCAGGAGCUAUGAUGAGAUGAGCGGGGGCCGCUUUGACUUUGAUGAUGGCGGGGCGUACUGUGGGGGUUGGGAGGGGGGAAAGGCCCACGGACAUGGACUGUGCACGGGCCCCAAGGGCCAGGGCGAAUACUCGGGUUCCUGGAACUUUGGCUUUGAAGUGGCGGGUGUCUACACCUGGCCCAGCGGAAACACCUUCGAGGGAUACUGGAGCCAUGGCAAACGGCACGGGCUGGGCAUAGAGACCAAGGGACGCUGGCUCUACAAGGGCGAGUGGACCCACGGCUUCAAGGGGCGGUACGGAACCCGGCAGAGCAGCAGCAGCGGUGCCAAGUAUGAGGGCACUUGGAACAAUGGUCUGCAGGACGGCUACGGCACCGAGACCUAUGCGGAUGGAGGGACUUACCAAGGCCAGUUCACCAACGGCAUGCGCCACGGCUACGGCGUGCGCCAGAGCGUGCCCUACGGGAUGGCCGUGGUGGUGCGCUCGCCGCUGCGCACGUCGCUCUCGUCCCUGCGCAGCGAGCACAGCAACGGCACGGUGGGCCCGGACUCGCCCACGUCGCCCGCCUCGGACGGCCCGCCGCUGCCCUCGCCCGCCAUCCCGCGCGGCGGCUUCGCGCUCAGCCUGCUGGCCAACGCGACGCGCCCCGCGCGCCCGGCCCGCGGCCUGUUCCCGCGCGCGCGUGCUCGCCGGCUGCGGCGCACCGAGUCGCGCACGUCCGUGGGCAGCCAGCGCAGCCGCGUGAGCUUCCUCAAGAGCGACCUCAGCUCGGGCAGCGACGCCGCCUCCACCGGCAGCCUGGGCGAGGGCGCCGAGGGCGCCGACGACGCCGCGCCCUUCGAGGCCGACAUCGACGCCACCACCACCGAGACCUACAUGGGCGAGUGGAAGAACGACAAGCGCUCGGGCUUCGGCGUGAGCGAGCGCUCCAGCGGCCUGCGGUACGAGGGCGAGUGGCUGGACAACCUGCGCCACGGCUACGGCUGCACCACGCUGCCCGACGGCCGCCGCGAGGAGGGCAAGUACCGCCACAACGUGCUGGUCAAGGGCACCAAGCGCCGCGUGCUGCCGCUCAAGAGCAGCAAGGUCCGCCAGAAGGUGGAGCACGGCGUGGAGGGCGCCCAGCGCGCCGCCGCCAUCGCGCGCCAGAAGGCCGAGAUCGCCCUCUCCAGGACAAGCCACGCCAAGGCCAAAGCAGAGGCAGCGGAACAGGCUGCCGUGGCUGCCAACCAAGAGUCCAACAUUGCCCGCACUUUGGCCAGGGAGCUGGCUCCAGACUUCUACCAGCCAGGUCCGGAAUAUCAGAAGCGCCGGCUGCUCCAGGAGAUCCUGGAGAACUCGGAGAGCCUGCUGGAGCCCCCCGACCGGAGCCCGGGCGCCGCGGGCCUCCCGGAGCGGCCCCGCGAGAGCCCGCAGCUGCAUGAGCGCGAGACCCCUCGGCCGGAGGGAGGGCCCCCGUCGCCGGCCGGGACGCCCCCGCAGCCCAAGCGGCCCCGGCCCGGAGCAUCGUCCAAGGACGGCCUGCUGAGCCCGGGCGCCUGGAACGGCGAGUCCGGCCCCGAGGGCAGCCGGCCCGCCACGCCGUCCGAGGGCGCGGGCCGCCGCAGCCCUGCGCGCCCCGCCGCCGAGCACAUGGCCAUCGAGGCGCUGCAGGCGCCGCCCGCGCCGUCGCGGGAGCCCGAGGUGGCGCUGUACCGCGGCUACCACAGCUACGCCGUGCGCACCGCGCCGCCCGCGCCGCCGCCCUUCGACGACGAGCCCGAGCCCGACGCCGCCGGGUCCGACUCGGCCCCCGCGUCCCCGGCCAGCGCCCCCGCGUCCCCGGCCAGCGCCGCCGCGCCCGACUCCCCCGCCAAGCUGGAGCCCAAGCCCAUCGUCCCCAAAGCCGAGCCCAGGGCCAAGGCCCGCAAGACUGAGGCCCGGGGGCUGACCAAGGGCGGGGCCAAGAAGAAGGCUCGGAAGGAGGCGGCGGCCGCGGCGGAGGCCGAGGUGGAGAUAGAGGAGGUCCCCAACACCGUCCUCAUCUGCAUGGUGAUCCUGCUCAACAUCGGCCUGGCCAUCCUCUUCGUUCACCUCCUGACCUGACCCUCGGCUACCAGAGCCAGGAAUUCCUGCUGAGGACGCAAAGACCCCUCUUUUUGUGGUGCCACGCAGGGUGGCCAAGGAGGACUGGAACCCCUGGGUCCAGCUCACUUCCACACCGCAGGCGUUCAAGGAGGCCUCCCGUGGCGCCCGCACUGGGUGGCGGAGGCACCCAGAGGACUCGAAUGCACAGGGAGGCCCCCAGGGAAGAGCCCUGGUCUCUGGAGCUCCCUGACCUGCUCCCGUCCCUCCCUCUCCCAUGCUCCCUCACCCCACCCGUAGGUCCCCUCCACCCCAGGCUUUUGUGUGUUUUGGGGGAAGUCCCCAAAUCAGGAUGUUAAUAAUAAAUCCCAGCCCCCUUCUUCCGCCCUUCCCUUGCUUAUUUUAGCCUCUGGCUGCAGGGCCGGGGCCCCCAAGCAAGCGGGGGGAGUGAUAGGACUCCUGUGGUGGGCCAGCAAGGGAUGCAGUCUCAGCACAGGGGCCCUUCCUUCGCAGGCUUGAUCCAGCACACACCUGUCCCUUGCUUACAGAUGUUCUGGAUGACAAUAGAGGAAAUGGAUAUGCUCAGCUUCAAUAUCCCAGGAGACAGUGCUCCCAUCUCCUCCCACCGGUCCAGUUGGCUUCCCUUCUGGACCAAUGGAAGAGGGGGAGAUGUAAGGAAUUGGAACCUUUAGCUGGGAAGCCACUGACCAGGUGGUGGGGGGUGGGAGUGGGAAGACGGGCUAAGGGGCCGUUAGGAUGGCCCCUGUUUUGAGUGUGCCUGAGCCCAAGGUUGGCAUUGCAUUUAGGGCUCCCAGUGUGCUCAGAGUGCUCAGGGUCACCCUGGGGGAGCCCCGGGGCUGACAAGGUAGAGCUCCUGUGAGGCCCUGUGAACUGGUUUGUCCACACCCCAGCUCAGGGGAGCAGGAGUGGAAGCCCUCGGAAGCCCAGGCAGACCUCCCUGGGGCAGACUAGCAGGCAGGUGCUAAACAGGCUCCUUGUCAACAGCCUUUCCCGGGGAGGGAGGAGGAAGUCUGGGCUCCCACUGGGCGCAGUCUGUGCAAUAAUUAGCCCUUUGGCUUGUUUGGCAGAAGAGAGUGUUUGCAUGUAGCCCAUUACAGAUGUUUGGUACCACACUGGGUCACUGGGCCCUUGUGCUUGCUGGGGGUGGCUGGAGGCUGAGGGAUUAUGGUACCCUGCCCCCGGGAGGACAGAAGGAGUGGCCCCUCUCAGUUGGGGGAAGGAUGUGGUGACAGCAUCCAAGCAGAGGUAUGGAGAACUGUGGCCCUUCUGCCUUGGUUUCUCUGGACCUGGGGCCUUUGGCGUGGUGACCUGGCCUCUGGGGGCAGCUCUACGACCUGCGGUUUGCUUCUGAUGGGGUCAGCUCUCCCUUUCCCCCCAGUUCUAGGCAGCCUUCCUCCAGCUUCACACUUGCUGUUUCAAGCACUGCUGGGGACUCGGGGUGUGGCUGGAAUCUUGGACUGCGUUUCUCGGAUUCUCCCAUCCCCACCAGGGCCCGUGGCUCUGCAUCUGUGUUUGGGCUUUUCUGGCCUCCUAGGGAAUGUAGGGGGAUGGCCGGGGGCACUGCUCAGGCUGACAGGCUCCAGGUUUUCGGCCUGGCCCAGUGCUAAGGAUUAAGCCUCCCGCUGCCAGAGCUCCCAGGCCUAGUUUUGGGGCUGGUGUUUGGGGCGAGGGUUCAGGAUGCUGCAGUCUGUGCAAUAAUAAACGUGCAUCUGCUCACGG